AAACCCACCAAAACACGAAUCUUCUUCUUCCCCAUCAAAAUUUAACACCCAACAAUUUUCUCUCUCCUCUCUCUCUCUCUUCAUUCUUCCUCCAUCACUGCACCUGUUGUCUAUCCAUUUUCAACCCACAAUGAGCUCAGAUUCUCUUACCAAUCGAUUCUUUCCUUAUCUUCAUCAUCCAACCGACUAAACGCCCCCAAUUUCAAUCGCUUCUGAUUAUCUUAAUCGGAACACAACCUUAUUUAUUCUUCGGUGCCUUCUAUGCAUCGCGUAGGAGUGAAGAAUUGCGGGGGCUAUACCUUGUGAAUACUGACUUGGUCAAUUUCAUAACUUGACCCGAUGCAAGGUCAAAGGAGCAUAUUUGACCCUUUCCCCGAGACCGUUGACCUUAACCAGGGGUCAAAUCCCAACACUACUAGUAUGGACGAAACCGAUGAUUGGAAUAAUAUGUUAUCUCCAAUGGAAAGACGGUUGUUAAAUAACGAUCUUUCUAACGAGCUAAAUUUCAGUUGUGUGAAUACAAAUCGUCAUAAUAGUUUUCAAAGUAUUAGAAGCUGGGACGUUGGCGAAUCUAGCUCUAGAGCAAGUUUACGUGAUCAGGUUUCUAAUGACGGUCAACACUGGUCAAAUUCAGCCGCUCAUGCAUCAAGAUUAGAACAACCACAUCGUGAAUCAUCAACAACUCCUAUGAAUGUAAAUUUGAAUGUUGGAUAUGAGAGUACUAAUAGUGACGAUGAUGGUAUCGGGCCUUCUGAUUGUGGGCCGGGCUCAUCUUUCGAUCAUUGGGGUUUAUCUUGUAAAAGAAAAACCCUGGAAGGUACUUCUACCCAGUCCCUCAUGGGUGGCGCUUCCGGUUGCUUUCCGGAAGCUUCUAGAAGCUUAAACAUAUCUUCGGCUCAAGUCAACCAUGUGCCGAUGAACCGCUAUGAAACACCAAAUUCAAGAAUCGGAGUUCCAGAAAGCUCACCGACACCAACACCACCACCGUUCGGCACUCGAGGCUCGGUUCUAAAUCUUAAUAAUAACGAUAACGUAUCAUCAACUGGGAACCCCGUUAGACGAUCGGAUAUUAAUUCAUCUCACCAAUCUUUGAACAGACAGAUUUUGCUUAAUGAAUUUUUGGACCAGUCCCGAGGGCAAAUCGGUAAUAAUAUAUCAAACCCGCAACCCCCUUUUGUCCACACUCCAGAUGUUCCAAGAAAUACACAUCAUUUCCCUUGGGGUGCUAAUAUCAGUUCACGAAGCGGGGGUUCAUCUUCAUCAAGCUUGUUACGAAACAACGUGCAAUAUCAUAAUUUCGUCCCACCGUCUGACGGUCGGAAUUCGGUUCAAGAUCCUACGCAUUGGAGCUUAGCCACCGGAAGCGUUGGUGUCGGUGCUGGUGGUGCAUCGUCUAGUUCUAGAACUGGCGGUGGUAACGGGGGAUCACGUUCUUUAAAUGGUCUGUGGACGCCUCAUCUUAAUAACCACACGGCACCUAGUCAGCAAAGAUCGUCGGAGUUUCCUCCUUGGACUCUUUUUCCAUCUGCGGAGGUGGAGUCGGGAGGGCAAAGAGGUCAUAUUUCUUCGUUUUCUGGUGGAUCUUCUUCAUCGGAUGAUAAUCGUAUUUCAUCUGGAGGUUCUAGCCAGAGACAUCAUUAUCAACCUUUUUCAAGGGCGGCGUUGUUGAUGGAGGUACCUGAUGAUGAUUGGCGGGCUUUAGCGGCUGAUAUCGAGGGAAGACAGAGGCUCGUAUCUGAGAUUCGACAAGUGUUAAAUGCAAUGCGGAGGGGUGAAAAUUUACGAGCUGAGGAUUAUAUGCUAUUUGAUCCAUUUAUCAACGGGGUUGCUGAGCUGCAUGACAGGCACAGAGACAUGAGGCUAGAUGUUGAUAAUAUGUCGUACGAGGAACUGCUAGCAUUGGAAGAACGUAUAGGAGACGUGAACACUGGGCUAAGUGAAGAGGUUAUUUUAAAGACAAUGAAACAAAGAAAACACAUAGCUUUUAUGGCGAUUUCCGCUCAAAACCUAGAGCCCUGUUGCAUAUGUCAGGAAGAAUACGACACUGGUGACAACAUUGGAAGUUUGGAUUGCGGGCAUGAUUUCCACACAGAUUGCAUCAAACAGUGGCUGGCACAGAAAAACAUUUGUCCCAUUUGCAAGAUGACGGGUUUGGCUCCUUAAAAGCACCCGCCCCCUCCCCGCGCCGCAACAAAAAAAACUAGCUUUAAAAAAGAAGAUAAGAAUUCAAAAUCUACCAAAAAAAAGAUGUUACAUUUGAAUUAAAUUUUAUGCUUUGGCUGGCAGACAUUUUGUUGUAGCUUUUCACAUGUCCUUUUGCACCCCUCCUUUGUGUUGUUACUCUAAAGAAAAGAGGGGUAAGAUAAGGUCAUAAAAAGAUUUGGUGUUUAAAUUGAAAAAUCAAAAGUAUUUAUUUUGAAAUGGCCAUGGAGGGUUAUGACUUGAUUUUUUUUUUUUUAAAUUUUAAUUGUGUUUCUGA